UGCUUCCUCCCUCUCUCAAAGGUUAGCAGGCACCCAUCAUUUUUAGCCUGGGCAUCCCACCACCACCUCUGCCAGUCUUUUUCAUUUAUCUCCUCCUCUCCCCGCCCUUUCUUCGCUCUUCUUCCUGCCCCUUUAAAUCUGCCUGGCCCAGCCUCCCCCGUGAUGCUGGGAUGGAGCAAACAUUGAUUUGUGCUGGGAUGGAAUCGGAAUUUUGAUUUUUUUUCUCCCCCAACCAUAAGAAGGAAAAAAAAAUAAUAAAAACACCCCCUCUUGAUAGCCCCCUCCCCCUUCCCACCAAGCUCCCAGAGCUUUUCCCUAUCUCCAUCCAAGGCAGAUUUUUCCCCCCCUACAUUAAUUCUCAUCUCCUCUACCCCUACCACUACCCUGCUACCACCCCCCCUCGUCUGCUCUUCGAGCUGGGCAGAGGGGACUCUCCCGCGGCUCUCCCACCUUCGCUCUCUGGUUGGAAUAUCUCUCCGGAAGGGGAGGGGGCUUGGCUUGUCCUGGGUGAAGUGGGAGUGGAGGUAUCCAGCCAUGGAUGCUGUGCCUGGGAGGCAGCCUGAGCCACAGCCCACACGAGAUGCCAGAGAAACCCGGGCAGAGUGGUUCCAACAGUAGCCAGGGAAAGGGGUGGCCUGCAACCCUGUCCAGCUGCCUCUCAGGACCCCCAAGCUGACAUCCAUAAUUGGCAUUCGACACCUAGGGUUUCUGGCCACUCAUGAUGAGGGUCCAGCCCUGCCAGCCAGCGCAGGGGCUCCCCCGCCCCGCCCCAGUCUAACUGCCCCCGCCCCCAGGCCUCGCCCGGCUCCCAGGCCCCCAGCCGGCUCCCCAGCCCCAGGAUGCGCUGAGCAGCCGGGGGGCUGAGGCCACGCCAACUACAUGCAUGUCCCCCGGGGGCAAGUUCGACUUUGACGACGGGGGCUGCUACGUGGGGGGCUGGGAGGCGGGGCGAGCACAUGGCUACGGCGUGUGCACGGGGCCCGGCGCCCAAGGCGAGUACAGUGGCUGCUGGGCACACGGCUUCGAGUCACUGGGCGUCUUCACGGGGCCCGGCGGACACAGCUACCAGGGCCAUUGGCAGCAGGGCAAGCGCGAAGGGCUGGGCGUGGAGCGCAAGAGCCGCUGGACGUACCGCGGCGAGUGGCUGGGCGGGCUGAAGGGGCGCAGCGGCGUGUGGGAGAGCGUGUCCGGCCUGCGCUACGCAGGUCUCUGGAAGGACGGCUUCCAGGACGGCUACGGCACCGAGACCUACUCCGAUGGAGGCACCUACCAGGGCCAGUGGCAGGCCGGGAAGCGCCAUGGCUACGGGGUGCGCCAGAGUGUGCCCUACCAUCAGGCGGCGCUGCUGCGCUCGCCCCGUCGCACAUCCCUAGACUCGGGCCACAGCGACCCCCCGACGCCACCUCCGCCCUUGCCCUUGCCGGGCGACGAGGGAGGAAGCCCGGCCUCGGGCUCUCGGGGCGGCUUUGUACUGGCCGGGCCUGGAGACACCGACGGCGCGGCCUCCCGCAAGCGCACGCCCGCUGCCGGAGGGUUCUUCCGCCGCUCAUUGCUACUCAGCGGCCUCAGGGCGGGCGGGCGUCGCAGCUCCUUGGGCAGCAAGCGGGGCUCCCUGCGCAGCGAGGUGAGCAGCGAAGUGGGCAGCACAGGACCCCCGGGCUCCGAGGCCAGUGGGCCCCCGGUGCCUGCACCACCUGCCCUUAUCGAGGGCUCAGCCACUGAGGUGUACGCGGGCGAAUGGCGCGCAGACCGGCGCAGUGGCUAUGGCGUGAGCCAGCGCUCCAACGGGCUGCGAUAUGAAGGCGAGUGGCUGGGUAACCGUCGGCACGGCUAUGGGCGCACCACCCGCCCUGACGGCUCCCGGGAGGAGGGCAAGUACAAGCGCAACAGGCUGGUGCAUGGGGGGCGUGUCCGCAGCCUCCUGCCACUAGCCCUUCGGAGGGGCAAAGUUAAAGAGAAGGUGGACAGGGCCGUCGAGGGUGCCCGUCGAGCCGUGAGCGCUGCCCGCCAGCGCCAGGAGAUCGCAGCUGCCAGGGCAGCAGACGCCCUCCUUAAGGCAGUGGCUGCCAGCAGCGUCGCUGAGAAGGCUGUGGAGGCAGCUCGAAUGGCGAAACUGAUAGCCCAGGAUCUGCAACCCAUGUUAGAAGCCCCAGGCCGCAGACCCAGGCAGGAUUCAGAAGGUUCCGACACAGAGCCUUUGGAUGAGGACAGUCCUGGGGUAUAUGAAAAUGGACUGACCCCUUCAGAGGGCUCCCCUGAACUGCCCAGCAGUCCUGCCUCCUCUCAUCAACCCUGGCGACCCCCUGCCUGCCGGAACCCACUGCCUCCUGGAGGAGACCGAGGUCUCUUAUCCAGCCCCAAAGCUUGGCCGGAGGAAUGGGGGGGGCCAGGUGAGCAGGCAGAGGAACUAGCUGGCUAUGAGGCUGAGGAUGAGGCUGGGAUGCAAGGCCCUGGGCCCAGAAGUGGCUCCCCACUCCUCGGAGGCUGCAGUGACAGUUCAGGAAGUCUUCAAGAGGAGGAAGGGGAAGAUGAAGAGCCUUCUUCACCCCAGCUGAGGGUCCCAGGAGGCUUGGAGCCUGGGCCCACAGCCGCUCCAGUCUUGAGGGGCACGUCCUCCAGGAGUCCUGAUGCUGGGUGCCUGAUGGAAGAGCUCGAGGAGCCUGCUGCGACCGAGCGCCCUGCUCAGCCGGGAGCUGCCAACCUCCUGGUGGUGGGAGCCGUGGCCCUCUUGGACCUCAGUCUGGCAUUCCUGUUCUCCCAGCUCCUCACCUGAGGCUACCUCCUAGCCUAGUCCUGGCUUUGGUUGCUGCCUCUUCACCCCCCUGAACCUGCCUUUUUCUCUUUUCUUCCUCCUGGUUGUUUUUGUGGGUUGUUGAUUUUUUCUAUUUUCCCUUUUCUCUCUUCGUUUUUUCUUUGUCCCUCUCUCGUUUCAGAUUAUCUCAUUUCUUCUAGCUCUGUCUCUGUCUUCCUCAUUUCCUUCCCUAUCCCAAUCCUUUCUCUUUCUCUAGAUUGUUUACAUAUGAAGGGCUUUUCUCUCUCAGAGUUGCUUUCUUCUCUGAGACAAACAAAUCAAGUCAGACCAUUGCCCCAUCUCCUCACCUUUUUUUAGACCUAAACUUCACUGAGGGUAGGGGUUUGGUAUCUUAAGGAGUCUCCUGGAAACUGAAUGGAAAGGCAAAAGAAAAUGGAGAAAGGGGUGACUGGAUACUGGGCAAGGUACUGGCUAAGCUGCUGUGGCCUCCUGAUCCAAAAGGCCAGGUGUUUCUCUGAGGCCUAGUGAAACCGGAAGAGGUUGGCCUCUGCCUCUUGGAGGAUCUUAUCUUAACCUCCAGGCACUGAGCUGAAUUCUUGCCUAACUCAAUCCUUCCCUGAGGGAGAUAAGGGAAGUGAAAAGGAGCACGACUCCAUCUUUUUUUUUCCCUCAGUAGCCAGCACCUCCUCCAAUUCCCUGUGGUGGCAUGCCAAGAGCAAGUAUAAAGGAACAAACAGUAUCCAGUGCAACCAAGUUUACCCUGUGCUUAGCUUUGCCACUGACCUCUCUCACCCUUCCGUCUCUCCCCUAAAAGUUUGGUUGGUCUGGACUCACUUGUGGCCUUUGAUUAAAUUUCUAAGGGACUCAAAAAAAGCAUUUCUACUGCAAAGGGAUAGAGGCACUUGAGCAAGGCCUUUCUCCCCAACUCUGCCAGCUGUGGUUGGGGCAGGCGCUUCUGGGAGACGGAACCGGAUACAGGAACUCACAGAGCAGGAUGGGUUGUGACAAGUUUAAUCAUCUCAAAAUAGAUUAUCUUUCUUCCCCCAUCACAUCAGAAUCUUGUGAAACGGGAAGACAACAGAAGGAGGGGAUCAAAAGAAGUGGACCCCCUCACACUUUCCAGGCAGGGCAGACCUAAGAGUCAAAUCUGAGAGGCCGGUGGAGAGCCCUGUUUGAAGUUGUACCUAGUCCCUGGUACCAGCUAUUCCCCUGGAGGCAGGAAGCCCUAAAAAGAAGGGACUGUAGGGCCCUCCUUAAGGGACUCGUUCCUCCUUCCCCUGCAUGAAGCAGAGGUAAGCCACCUGUUAAUCCCCUCCCUCAAGGAAUGGCCUUGCCUGGGAAUGCCCACCACAUACAUCCUCUUCUUUUUUCUAGUCAAACUCUGUUUAUUCCUUGGCCUGCCUCCCUCUUUCCUCCCCUCUCAAACUACUUCUGAUUUCUGUUUCAUGGAAUUUGGGAUUGAAGUUAAACUACAACAGUGCCGCCAACACAAAGUCUUGCAGGAAAAAAAAUUACAAAGAAAUUUAACAAAAAAAAAAUAUAUUAAUAAAAAAGUUCAAAAAA